ACCAGACAGGCAGCGAAAGUCAGCCUCACUUCACUAAGGUCCAGAGCACGUGAAGACGUCAUGAGCGUGCCGUUCUGGACCGGUAGCGGACCGACGCGGAGCCGUACGGGCUAGUGCGGGCCGGCGCGUGCACGUGAGAGGCGACGAGUACUGCACACACACCCAAAGGCGAGAGAAGAUGUGGACGCGCGCGAGUGCGUGGCGUUGGUGGACAGCCGUUUUGGCGGGCUUGGCGUGUGUCCGCGCGGAGGACGCGUGCCCGCCGGCGUGCGCGUGCGACCGAGAGUCCGGCACGGUCAGCUGCCGUGGCGGCGGGGUCGCGGGAGUGCCGGGAGACGUCCCGGCGUGGACGUCCACGCUGAUCGUGCACGGGAGAAACGUGACAACUUUGCAGCGUGGUGCGUUCGUGGCCAAUGGCACAGAGUUGGACAUGGGGACUCUGUCCCUGGCUUCAAACAUGAUCCAGGUAAUUGAAGCGGGCGCCUUCUUGGGACUUCCGCGUGUGCACGUGCUGGAUUUGAGCCACAACCGCGUAGCGCUGAUCUCAGAUGAUGCAUUCAAUGGACUUGUGGAACUUCGCAUGCUGUGCCUCAAUGAGUCCAUCCUGCCCGAGGCCACCAUGCAGCUCUCGGCCGCACUCGCCUCUAAAAGUCUUCACAACCUUCACCGCCUGGAGCUGGCGGGCAACCGGCUGCGGUCCGUCCCACUGGCAAGUUUGGACGCAUCCAACCUGCACCAGUUAGUACUGGUCAACAACUCCAUCGAGACCAUCAACAGGGACAAUGUCACCAGCCUGGGCCAGCACAGGCGCACCAGGGUCUACUUGUCACACAACCCCUUCAGGUGCACGUGUGACCUGGAGGCGUUCUACUACUGGCUGAGGAACUCGUCCCAGUGUCCCGACGCGGCGCUGCUUCGUUGCAGUGAGCCCGAAGCCAAGAGAGGACUCCCUCUGGAGAAACUGCGCGGGGAAGACGUGGACUGCGUGAACGAGAACCUGGAGGCGGUCUCCUACGUGUUCCUGGGCAUUGUCCUGGCUCUGAUCGGGCUGGUGUUCCUCAUGGUGCUUUACCUGAACCGAGGCGGCAUUAAGCGCUGGCUCAACAACAUCCGAGAGGCGUGUAGGGACCAGAUGGAGGUCUACCACUACCGCUACGAGCAGGACUCGGACCCACGGCUGGCCAAUGUGGCCGUUUAACCCUGUGACACAGCCAAAGACAAUACCUGUUAAUCAUCUUUUCCAUCUCAGCGGGUCAAUAGCUCUACUUACUACUUAAUACUGUAUGAAGAUAUUUUACAUUUACUCAUUUUAAUAGCUUAAGACGUGACAACAUAUAAAGUGUCAGAAGGACGAAGAAUGGUGAGUUUUAAAUGAAUGAACAUGCAUGUUGAUGUUAUUUGUAGGAUUAGAGGUCACUCUAGUAUUUGUAAAUAUACUACUGACAUUAUUAAAGUGUCUCGUACACGCUUCUUUUUCUAAAGGUAGAACUGAUUUUAUCUCUUUAGUUAACCAGAAAUAACUAAAGGUAUCAUUUCUUCCAAUCUUCUUGGGUUUAGUGUGAGUAUAAAUAGGAGGUACAUACAUUCUAUUCCUAUUAUAAUUAUUAUUAAUGUAGCAGACAGAGGAAGGACAUGUACCGU